AUGAAAGCCCUCGUCCUCUCACCAUCCAAACGAUCGGUCUCCGUCAAAGAUAUUCCAAUACCAUCCCCCGGGCCUCGAGAGGUCCUCAUCAGGGUCUGCGCCGUCGCCUUGAACCACGUCGAUGCGGUGUAUGUCAAUAAUCCCAUAGCCACCCAAGACGACCGCGUCAUCGGCAGCGACUUCUCAGGAGAGGUUGUAAAAGUCGGCGAGGGCCUUGACGUGGUCGAUGACACGCGUGUACAGAUUGGAGCUCGCGUAGCCGGGUUUGUCCAAGGAGCCUGCUCCGUCAACCUCCGCCCGGGCGCUUUUGCGGAAUACAUCGUCAUCGGCCACGACCUAACAUGGCACAUCCCAACGACAAUGUCCUUCGAAAGCGCGGCGACAGUCAGCCUCUGCGGUCUGACGGCUGCCCAGGGCGUAUUCGCCCGCCUGCAACUCCCUUGCCCCUUCUUCAACACAAGAGGCUUCUCAGGCCUCGGUCUCGCCGACGAUGGCCCCAUCAGCGUCUUCAUAUAUGGCGCGACCUCUUCCCUCGGCCUGUACGCAGCGCAACUUGUCCGCGCGUCUGCAAAGACGUCUGGUUGCAGGAUUCAGCUCAUCGGCGCGGCGAGCGCGUCGAAGCAUGCCAUGCUGAAGCAGGAACCGUAUGGCUACGAUGUCCUGGUCGACUACGGGGAUGCCGACUGGGUUGAGAAGGUGCGCGGCGCGGCUGGGGGAGGGGUGCAAUACGCCAUCGACGCCAUAUCCAGAAGUACCUCGGUUGAGCGAGUUGAACAAACGCUGGCGGAGGAGGGCCAGUUCGCAGCAUUCCGGAGUCCUGCCCUGGGCGGGUUCGAUAUCUCCAAGAUGAGGGUGAAGCCGCUGAUCGGAGCUGUCUGGGAGGGGUUGGGGGUUGAGGUAUUGUACCAAGGGUUUCUGAUUCUAGGCGCUACUCUCCCCGCGAACCCCGAGGCGCGACGAUUCACGGCCGAAUUCUACAACCACAUGGGCUCUGGAGCCUCUUCUGGGGUGAUCAAGUUGCAGCCGAACCCUGUGCGUCUGAUGUCGGGUGGUUUGGAGAGGAUCGCCUCGGAGGGGUUUGCCUUGUUGACUGGUGCUGGAGAGGGACGGCCCGUUAGCGCCGAGAAGAUUGUGUGCACCAUAGUUUGA